UUUUGACAUUCAAGUUUUACCUUCCGAAUAAAUAAGUCACUUUUAUGUUAGCUCUUUCUUUUACUGAAUAAUUAUUGAAGAAGGUAACAUUUGGCGACGAGAUUCAAGCCUGAAGAUCCUCAAGAAUGUCCCGGAAGAACGACCAUCAAGCCGAAUCCGAAACCGGAGCAUGGGGAGGAGAAUUUUCGAUGCCGGAAAUGAUGCGUCAAGUGGCUCAGCAGAACAACCGUUUGCUGAUGCUGUUGGAGCAAAUCACCGGUAACCAGGAGGCGACAACCCAGCGAAGCGCUCCAGAGAAGAUUCUCGAAUCCCUUGCCUCCAACAUCAAGGAGUUCCACUUCGACCCGGAAAAUGGCCUAACGUUCGACCGCUGGUUUUCGAAGUACGAGGAUCUAUUCCGGCAAGAUGGCAGAAGUUUGGACGACGCUGCGAAGGUAAGGCUCCUGCUGCGCAGUCUCAGCGUCCCGGUGCACGAAAAGUUCCUGAACUACCUCCUGCCAUCCCACCCACGUGAUUUCACCUUCGACGACGUUGUGGCAAAGCUGAAGCAGAUUUUCGGCCAACAGAAAUCUCUGUUCAGCAAGCGCUACGACUGCCUCAAGCUCGAGAAGAGUGAAGCCGACGACUUCGUUUCGUAUGCCGGAAUCGUCAACCGGCAAUGCGAGGAUUUCGAACUGCAGAAGCUCACCGUCGACCAGUUCAAGAGUCUGGUGUUCAUCUGCGGUCUCAAAUCGACAAAGGACGCCGACGUCAGGACUCGACUUCUGUCCAAGCUCGAGUCCGAUCAAGCUGACACCAUCAACCUGGAAGGCCUGGUCACCGAAUGCCAACGCCUGUCGAACCUCAAGCACGACACGGCGCUGGUGGAGAAGAAACCGACAUCUUCAGCGGUGCAGGCAGUACGGCACUCAAGAAAGCAGCCGUCCUACCAGCAGAAGUCGUCAGCCGACGGUAAGACACCCCCAUCCCCUUGCUGGCAGUGCGGUGCGAUGCAUUUCGUGAAGGACUGCCAGUUUUCCAAGCACACCUGCAAACAGUGUGGGAAAACGGGCCACAAAGAGGGCUACUGUGGUUGCUUUUCAAAAACUUCCACGGAGUCCAGCGGCGAGAAGAAAACUGGUGCGAAGAAGAAGCCAUUCAACACGAAGGUCAUCCAAACCGUACAGCAGGUUCGUAGCCGCCGGAGGUUCGUCACCGUCAUCUUCAACCAAAAAUCAGCCAAACUGCAAUUGGAUUGCGGUUCCGACAUCACCGUCAUCAGCCACCGAACAUGGAAAAUGAUUGGAGCACCUCCAUCAUCACCAACCAGCGUGGAAGCAUCAACGGCAUCAGGGGAACCACUAGAGCUCAUCGGCGAAUUCACUUGCCCGAUAACCGUCGGGGACACCACGUUGGCAACGGUCUGCUACAUCACAUCGGUUGCAGAUCUGAACGUCAUCGGACUGGACUGGAUGGACGCAUUCGAUCUCUGGUCGAAGCCGCUUGCUGCCUACUGCAAACAGGACAGUCUGGGCCACUGCACAAAAACCAAGAUUUCGUUGACCUUGAAGCAACACGCCCAACCAGUUUUUCGACCGAAGCGGCCGGUUCCGUUUCACGCUAUCCAGAAGGUGGACGAAGAGCUGGAUCGACUCCAACGGUCGGACAUCAUCACACCCGUGGAUUUUUCCGACUGGGCGGCACCUAUCGUCGUAGUCAAGAAACCCGGCGGCAAGGUGCGGGUAUGUGCCGAUUACUCCACUGGGCUCAAUGCGGCACUCGAGAGCAACAACUAUCCACUUCCAACGCCGGAGGAGAUCUUCAGCAAAGUGUCUGGCAGUCGAAUCUUCAGCAUCAUCGACCUGUCGGACGCAUACUUGCAGGUGGAGGUCGACGACGAGUCCAAGAAGUUGUUGACCAUCAACACCCACCGAGGCUUAUUCCGGUUCAACCGUUUGGCACCAGGUGUCAAAUCAGCCCCCGGCGCGUUCCAGCAGCUGAUGGCGAAGAUGGUAGCCGGUCUACGCGGCGUAGAAGUUUUCCUCGACGACAUUCUGGUGCACAGCAAGACGCUCGAGGAACACAACCGAAUCCUGCACAUGCUCUUCCGGCGCCUGCGUGAAUAUGGUUUUCACCUGCGAGCGGAAAAAUGCCGGUUCUAUCAAGAUCAGCUCAAAUACCUCGGACACAUCAUCAGUGCCAGGGGUAUCCAACCGGAUCCAGCGAAAAUUGCAGCGAUUUCGGAGAUGCCUGCUCCAACCGACGUGUCCACAUUGCGCUCAUUCCUGGGUGCAGUGAAUUUCUACGGGAAGUUCGUCCGUGAGAUGCAUCAACUACGCCAUCCGUUGGACAACCUGCUCAAGAAAGACACGAAGUUCGUCUGGAAUCAAGAGUGUCAGCACGCUUUCCAAAACAUCAAGCGCGUGUUGCAGUCCGAUCUUUUGCUCGUUCACUACAAUCCAGAGCAAGAGAUCAUCGUAGCGGGGGACGCUUCCAAAACAGGCAUCGGUGCGGUCAUUCUGCAUCGUUUCUCGAACGGCACCAUCAAGGCGGUGUCACACGCAUCAAGAUCACUGUCCGCAGCAGAGCAGAACUACAGCCAGAUCGAAAAGGAAGCACUGGCAUUGGUUUUCGCUUGUACGAAGUUUCACCGCAUGCUGUGGGGUCGCCGUUUCACAUUGCAAACGGACCAUCAGCCGUUGCUGCGAGUGUUCGGUUCCAAAAAGGGCAUUCCCGUGCAUUCCGCAAAUCGACUCCAGCGAUGGGCCCUGACGCUGUUGGGGUACGACUUCCAAAUCGAAUACGUGGCAACGCAAGACUUCGGCUACGCUGACGUGCUCUCUCGACUGAUUAGCAAUCACCAGAAGCCCGAAGAAGAAGCAGUCAUCGCCGCAGUUCGAAUUGAAGAAGAUGUCAGUUCCUGCUUCCACGAUUCGUUCCAACAUUUGCCAGUCACCUACGAGAUGCUCAAGGCCGUCACCAAGAAGGACACCGUGCUGCAGAAGGUAAUUUCUUUCGUUCAAGGUACCUGGCCGGCGCGCUGCGAAGGCAUCCAAGACAUCGAGGUUCGAUCGUUCUUCAGCCGUCGUGAUUCCUACUCCGUAAUCGACGGUUGCCUCAUGAUGGUCGACCGAAUCGUGGUUCCAAUGUCCCUUCAAAAACGAAUCCUCAAGCAAGUACACGAAGGACACCCUGGCAUCGAGCGGGCAAAAGCAGUUGCUCGUGGAAUCGUGUUCUGGCCGACGAUGGAUGAAGACAUCACCAGCUACGUCCGCCGGUGCUCGAGCUGUGCAAGUGCUGCCAAAUCUCCGCCACAAGCUCAACCACAACCAUGGCCUCGCACUGAGGGACCGUGGCAACGCAUCCAUAUCGAUUUUGCUGGACCUGUGGAUGGAAUGUACUAUUUAGUAAUGGUGGAUUCUUUCUCCAAGUGGCCGGAGAUUCUUCAAACUCGUUCUCCUACAACCUCUACUACCAUCGCUUUCCUGCAAGAAGGUAUCUCUCGAUUCGGAAUCCCUUUGGUCAUCGUUUCCGAUAACGGAAGUCAGUUCACAAGCGCUGAUUUCCGUACGUUUUGCGAAAAGUUUCGAAUCGUCCACAUCCGAACAGCGCCCUACCACCCACAAUCAAACGGGCAAGCGGAAAGGUUUGUGGAUACGUUGAAGAGAUCGCUCAAGAAAAUCGUCGGGGGAGGAGAAACAUCAACCGCUAGCGCACUGCAAACGUUCCUGUAUGUAUACCGAUCCACCCCGUCAACGGUGUUGAACGGUAAGUCUCCUGCCCAGAUCAUGCUUGGACGGCCGAUGAGGACAACUUUGGACCUGUUGCGACCAUCACCGAAACCCGAUUUCCAGCCACAACUCUCAGGUAAACGAAGUUUUUCGGCAGGUUCCAAAGUAUUCGCCAAGGUCUAUUCUUCAAACGAGAACUGGAAGUGGAUGCCUGGAACCAUUCUUGAAGCAAUCGGGAGUGUGAGCUACAAUGUCCUGCUGGAUUGUCAAGUGGGCCGACGCAAGGUUCUGCGCUCACAUGUCGACCAGCUCCGUUCGAGGAUGGAAGAAGCCGUUCCAGUUGAACCAGCGCCGCUGUCUAUCUUAAUCGACGAUUUUGGCCUUUCCGCAAACGAAGCAACACAGCCCCGGCGAAGCGAGUCACCGGCCGUCAUAUCAGAUCAGCAGUCAUUUCCCGAAGAAACUGUUGAGUCAUCCGUGGUUGUUCCUGAAGAAACUCUGUCGAUUGAAGAAGAAGAAACUCUAUUACCGACGGAUAACAGUCUGCCCAUCCAAACAUCAACACCCGUGCAGCCAGUAUCGCGACGUCCAGAGCGCUCAAUCCGGCCGCCGAGGAGAUUGGCUGAUUUCCACUGCUAUCAACUCAAAGGGGGAGAUGCUACCAUGGGUACGAGACCGAGCAAGAAUCGCAGUAGCCAUGGUCGAGAUGAUGCAGAUUCAAAGUGAAAAAUUUUGACAUUCAAGUUUUACCUUCCGAAUA